UUAAGUGUAGUUUUUAUUAAAGAAAUAAAUAUUUUACCCAAAUUUUACUGUUCUCUUAAAUGCUUAAAUUCAUCUGGCAGCUCCAACUACGGCAACUCAACUAGUCUAUUGACAGCACACCUUUCAGAAUCCAGUUGGAAGUUAGUUAGACUGUCAUUUACAUCGGAACGAUAAUAAAUACAAAAACUCGCAGAAAUCAAAUGACGGUAUUUGCAAAGUCGUGAUUAAAAAGUAAUAACGUGUAAAAAUAACUCAGGAAAAUAAGAAAAACUGCUGCGAUUAGAUAGAAGCUGUAUGUGAAAUGUUUGCGAAAAUGUGUAAAGGUUAACAAGCGUGUAUAAAGCAGUGAUUGAGAAAUAGUGCACUGGCAAUUCACCAGCUGGGUUUUCUUUGUGAAGUAGAGAAAAUAGAAACAAAAACUCCAACGCAGCAAAAGUGUAAAUUAUUUAGUACAAAUCCUAUAAAGCUGCUGAUUAAGAAGUAACCUAUAAAAAGAUGAAGACGCAUUGAUAAAAAAGUGAUACCUAUUGCGUUUUGUUAUCAACGUCGUGUUUGUGCAAUUUCUGCGUCCUAGUCCGUAAAGAUGGUGUCGCUGAUUAAGAAUCAACUCUUGAAGCAUCUUUCGAUUUACACGAAGAAUUUGUCAUCGGACAAAAUUAAUUUGAGCACAUUUCGCGGUGAGGGGGAUUUGGUGAACUUGCAGCUGGACGAAGCGGUGCUCACUGAACUGUUAGACUUGCCUUCAUGGUUGCGACUCACUUCGGCCUGGUGCAAUCAUGUGUCCUUUCGCAUUAGCUGGACAAAACUGAAAAGUGUGCCAAUAACCUUGACACUGGACGAGGUGAAUAUCAGCGUGGAAACUUGUGAUCCGAGCACUAGAAAUCAGGAUGCCAAUUCACCCGGUGGCGUUGCGGGUGGAGGUGGAGGAGGUGGUGCUGCUGCUGGUGGCGGGGCAACAGCACAGCCGACACUGCCACAGGCGCCGCAGGGCAAAUACAGUUACAUACACAAAGUGGUGGAUGGCAUUACAAUCAUUGUGAAUACCGUGAAUGUGAAAUUCCUGAGCGCAGCGUUCACCGCCUCCGUGCAGAUGUCUCGCAUUCGCGUUGAAUCAAAAACACCAAAAUGGGCUCAUGCCGAUCUACGUUUCACCCGACUUAAAGAUCCCACUAGAGGCAUCAUACUCAUAUUCAAAGAACUAUCCUGGCAAACGGUGCGCAUCGAAGCCAGUUCAACGCAGGACAAAUCACUCACCCCUCUCCGUUUGCUCACUAAUCAAGCGCGCUGUCGACUUACACUACGGAAACGGCUUUCCGAUUGUACAUUAUUAGCCUCACGACUGGUGCUCAUACUGGACGAUUUACUAUGGGUGCUCACCGAUUCGCAGCUGAAAGCGGCCUUACAUUUUGUCGAUUCCUUAUCGGGUCUCAUCAAAGCGGCGACCCAUGCAACACAGAAAAAGAAUGCAGCUAGAAAAUUACAGACGCUCCCUGAGUAUCAGGCACAGAUAGCGCAGCAACAAAAUCGCCAAUCUGAUACGGCGCACACAUCAUCAGCGCAAAAAAUGUUCAAUGCCUUCGAUGUGCGCGAGACUUCCUAUCACUUUUUCAGCCAACGCAUCGAUUUGCAUUUGUGCGACGAUGAAGGAGAUGGCCGCUCCAGUUAUCCCGAAUUGGAUAAAGGUGGCGCUCUUCAAAUAUCGGUGCAAGCAUUCCAAAUAGACUAUUAUCCUUAUCAUCUGGCCAAAUCAGAUCGUGCGCACUGGGCGAAAUAUCGCGAAGCAUCCGUAUCACCAGCGUUGUGGCUUAAAGAAUCCCUUAAUACAUUCCGUGAAGCUGUGCUUAAUCUAAGUCAACCGAAUCGCCCAUCAACACAUGCGCCACUUGAACGCACUGCACCAACUUCACCCGUCGCACUCAAUGUGAAUGCACUACAAGCGUUAAGCGCAGCGCAUGCGUCCACAGUUGGUGGCACACCAACUUCCAGUUCUGGCGCAAAUACGCCACAUCGUCCCGGCAGCAGCGGUGGCGGUUCGGGUGGUAAUGCUUCAGCGUUCGCCAAUCAAAUCAUGCAAGCACAACAGCAAAAGACAACAUUGGACAAUUUGGCGAAAUUGAUGAGCGCCUGUGUUGUGUUGCGCAUAGAAGAUUUCACCUUGUAUCGCGUUACCACCUCUGGUAGAAAGCAGAUGCCUAAGGAGUUUGUGUCGGGUGAUAAAGAGCGCUAUUCAUUUCCCGCUGACAUGUCCGUCGUACAUGCUGAGUUUACUUACUUUUAUUACCCCGGUGAUUUUAUAUUUCCUUUGCCGCCGUCCAAAGUAUUCGUUCAUAUUAAUCCUCUACAAGUGCACUUCGAUCUAAGUUCCAUACUUUGGCUCAAUUCGUUUGCAUUGAAUUUACAUGAGAGCUUAUUACGCACCAGUGUCGGCACAGCGAGCGGCGCCUCCUCCGCCACACGCGGUUCCAUCUCAUCGAAUGCCUCACAACGUGCAGCUGGUACCGGGGGUUCACAAGGCUCACGCGUCGGUUCCGAGGCGGCCAUUUCGCAAGCCGAACAAGAACCCAAUCUUAUGUAUAUGGAUGUGAAGAUUGAAGCGAUUAUGCCACGCGUAGUCAUUGAAUCGACUGUGGAUGUGCCCAAUCAAAAGGAUCGUCCCAAAAUCAUGCAAAUACAAAUUUCACGUUUUGCCAUAACCAAUAUACGUGAGAUGGGUUCGUCACGUGCUGAUUUAGCGCAGGCUUUGCACUCACUGCAGGAGGGUUCACUCGUGUUCGGCACGGAAUUCCCAGCGGUCAACGGUGACAUGUGUAUUGUUACCGAUCGCAUACUAUCACACGUAGCGGCCGCAGAUGUGGGCGCACCCGUGCCGCCACAAGACCCCUUGCAGUCGCAGGGACAAACACAAACAUCAACGUCUUCGCAAAUACCGAAAUCCGCCUCGGUACAGAAUUUGUCACGUUAUGCCAUGUGGUCGGAACCGCGUGAUGUGUGGUGUAUCAAACUCGAUCCGGUGUGGGUGGAUUUCUUGGGUGCACGCUCUUUGGGUCCCAACAAAUCGAUACCAUUCAUCGAUGCUGUGCCGGUAACUUUGUGGCUGCAUUCCGGUGCUGGUGCUAUGCACAAAUCGCCGGCUGCCAGCGUCAAUAGCAAUUCGUGCGCCUCGUUCAGCAUGAAGGGCUCUUCCGUCGAAACGAAUAUAAAUUGCAUGGAUUUUGCCAAUGGGGAUAGUAAAAAUCUGCCACGUAAUCCCUUUCUUAGCGAGGAGGAUGUACGUAUGGGCGAUUGGAAGCCACAACGUUCCUUUAAUGGCGCCAGCGCUGGCGUUGAUGCAACGGCUGCUGCUAAAGCCAAUGACAAGGUGCCGAAAAAUAGCGAACGUACCGCCGAUAUGCAUGCCAUUGCGCACAUUUCCAAUUUGGUGAGUGUGCAAAUCGAUCACUAUCAAUACUUGUUCCUAUUGCGUUUGGCUGAGGAGAUGACGGAAAUGGCCAUGUUCCUAUCAAUGGACGCUGAGCGUAUUUUACAAAAGCAAAAUACCAAGAAAUCGAUGAUAUUCGGUUGCGUUAUACCGCAAAUUGAAGUGACACUCGUGAUGCCAUCGCCAACACCUGGUAAGGAAUCGAGUGGUGGUGAUGCUGAAAGUGUCUUACCCGAUUCAGCUAGUUUGGGUGAUGAUUUACACAUGAAUAGUACAAACACUAUAUGGCCUACACCGCCGUUAGAGCAAGUGAAGAGUAAUAUAUAUGGUAGUGUGGAGACACCUUCGCCGGUCACUAAUGAACCGCUCUUUGAUGGUGUUAUGCACACUUCUAAUCCAAAUACACAUGGUUACAAUGUGCAAAUUCAAAGUACACCCACUGUAGCGUCCUCUACACCCAGUCAGGGUUCACGCCCUGAUACUGGUGUUUAUUCGCAGUCCAUUACAGCGUCGACGAAGAGCGUGCGCUCAGCACGAACUUCGAAUGCGGGCGAUGCGACCAGCAUAACGAAAGAAAUCAAUUCUAGUCUGAUGUCUAUGAAAAAAGGCUUCUCCAGUUUUAUGACGUCCAUCGAUUCGGCCAUCAAAUCUGGUACACCAAACGAUGACACCAGUGAUACAUUCUCCAUACAAAGUGAUAUUAGUUCCGAUUCAGAAAAUUUCGCCAUAGUUAUGGGCGACGAUAAGACCAUGGAUUGCAUUGAUGUAAUGUUUAGAUUAAAUCCCUUCACCAAUGAUACCAACUUAAAAGCAUCGCCCGUGGAAGUAGCCAGCGAAGUGCUAGAGGAGCCUGGUUACAACAAGACUAACUUAUCAUCACCGUCAGAGCCGUCCGAGGCAAGCACGUGGCGGCGACGCGAUUUGGUAUCAAUGGCAACUUUUAGAUUAACAACAGUUGAAUUGAUACGUCAAAAUGAGGGUAAUGCUUCUUCACUGCGCCUGCAGGUGGCCGCUGUUUCGUGCGAUGAAUGUGGCGCCAUUCCGUGGGAUGAAUUGCAGACAAAGUUUGGCGCACGUUGUAAAGCUUGGAACUUAGCGCCCUACAAUCCAGAGUUGCCACCUUGCAUACGUGUUCGCUUGGAAGAGACAUUGAACCUGCCGCAGGGCAAUGUAAGCAUCACGGAUAAAAAAUCUUUGCAGAGUUGGAUUUCCCAUCAUGCUGAAGUGCGCGUCAAGGAUGUUAACUUGGAUUUGUCCAUGAGCACCGUUAUUGGUUUGGGUGAUUUGGCAGAGGAUGAAAUCAUCACUAACCCUCUGCCUGUUGCGAUCCAUGUGGAGAAUGUUAAGCUUAACUUAAUCGAAGAUCGUCCGCCCGUUAAUAUUACCUCACCGGGUCCAGUGCCAAUACGUCUGGCAAUCGGACGCAUGCGCAUACAUCGUGAUAAAAAUGGCAUUGUCAAUAUACAACCAAUAGAAACUGGUCUAAACGAGGCGGCUACUAUAAACUACCCACUAACAGCUGCCGCACUAACGCCACGCGAUCGCGAACGAGAUCGCGAAAUACUCUCCAUGCAGCUGGUCAUGCAGCAGCUCAAAAUGGAUAAUGAAAAUUUGCGUAAGCAGUUAGUAAAUGCGAAAGAAAAUGCCGAUACGUACAGACAAAAGUGCAAACAGGAGAACGACGUGCUGCGCUCGUAUCUGAAGGCGGCGCAAGACGAUAUAACCAUAUUAUUAGAGGAGAAAAAGGCUUUACUCGACACGAUACGUUCGCUGCAGGUUCAACUGACAUCAUCGAAUAUAAAUAGAAAGAGCGAUGGCAGCAGGUAGCAUAACUGCAUGGAUUGCAUCCAAUGCUGCGGCGAGAACAACAAUCCAUGAAAUACGAUGCAACCGACGACGACAACACGACGUAGAAUAACAACAACAACAACAACACCAGCAGCAACACACACGCGGCGUAAGCUUACUAAUAUAUUUUUUGUUUUGCCACUUUUCAAAUCAUGCCAAAAAUCGCGCCAAGCUCCGCACGAGCAGUAAAAUCAAAUGUGUUACGAAAAAAAAAAGAAAUUGUGCGCAGCAACAAACAAAAACAAAAAAGUGUAUAAUUAAUAACAUUUGCAUAUUCGACUUAACAUUUACAUAUAUA